GGGCGGGGGGGGGGGAGUGUCACCGUUUUCUCUUUUCCCGUUGACGGGGAAAGUGGACGGCUCUUUUACUUGAUGUCUCUGGGCCUUUGCUCAGCACCGCUUACCAUAAACCCUCCGAGCUGCUCCUGACAGCCUCUCCUCGCCGUUCGACCGCCGGGCCGCAACGAUUCUCCUCCGGGCCGUAAUUUACGUCGCCGUCUUUCCCGGGCUGCCAAUCGCCGCCUCAUUUUCCUUGACGGUUUAAAGGUGGUCAUUUCUGGCAUUUAGAAGGGAGAAAAACAAAACCGCAUUUCGGCAACUCUAACACCAAACGGCUUUCGUCCGAUACGAGUGUGUCAGUGGGAUCGUGGGACAGCGUGCGGCGACCUUAAUAAAGAGCGGACAGAGCAGAGGCGCCUAGGGAUGCUCUCGGGGUCAACUGCGGGAGAAGACCUCCGGCUGAGUUGGUGCCCAAAGGGUUAACCGCCUGUGAUGUGUGGAGACAGAGCACCUGAGCCUCCCCCUGCUCUCCCCCAAGAGACAGUGACUGGGAGGGGGGAGAUGCAUUAUGGGGUGUGAUGGGAUGGGAGGCGCAGAGAGAGAGAGAGAGAGAGAGAGAGGGAGGGAGGGAAACCGAUGUGGGAGAGUUCACACCUCCUCCAGACGGCACCAGACUCCAGUCCAGGGCAGAGGAGCAGCAGCAGCAACACGUGGUGUGCGAGUGUGUGUAUGCGUGCGCGUGUGUGUGUGUGCGUGUGUGAGAGAGAGAGAGGGGGACUCCCAGAGCCCCUGUCGAGCAUGGCCCUCUUUCAGCACGGAAGCCCCAACAUGAGCGCCUACUACUGCCUGAUCCGGAGGAGGUGCAAGAGGAGGCGCAAGAGGCGCUCGGAGCGCAAAGGUCGGGCCGCAGGCCGGCAACCCCGCUUCCAGCAGAAGUGCCAGGUCAUGGAAGUGGAUGAGGAGGAGAACAUGAGUUCGUGCAGCACCGACGUAAAGGAGAACCGUCACCUGGACAAUGUGUCCUCCAAGGAGGCGGCGGGCGAGGCGGCCCAGCUCCCCAACGGCAGCGCUGGCCCGGGCGCCGGUCGCAAGCGGCCCCUGGAGGAGGGAAAUAACGGCGUGGCGCACGCCAAGUUCCGGCCUAAAAAGCGCAAGAAAACGCCGGGUCCCGUGCUGCCCAAGAACGCGCUCAUGCAGCUCAAUGAGAUCCGCCCCGGCCUGCAGUACAAGCUGCUGUCGCAGACGGGCCCCGUGCACGCGCCUGUUUUUGCCAUGACCGUAGAGGUCAACGGGCAGCUCUUCGAGGGCUCCGGCCCCACCAAGAAGAAGGCCAAGCUGAGCGCGGCGGAGAAGGCUCUGCGUUCCUUCGUGCAGUUCCCCAAUGCGUCGGAGGCGCACCUGGCCAUGGGCCGCACCCUCACCGUCAACGCCGACUUCACGUCCGACCAGGCUGACUUCCCCGACGCGCUCUUCAACGGCUUCGAGACGCCCUCGACGCCGGGGGGGUCCCUGUACGUGGGCGCCGAUGGCAACGGGUCACUGGGGGAGUACCCGUUGCCGGCCGAACCUAGCGCCGACGGUCUCGCUCAGCCGCCGCUACCGGCGCCCUCCGCCCUGACGUCCCCCCCGCCUUCUAGCGGCAAGAACCCCGUGAUGAUCCUCAACGAGCUGCGGCCGGGCCUCAAGUACGAGUUUGUGUCGGAGAGCGGCGAGAGCCACGCCAAAAGUUUCGUAAUGGCCGUCGCGGUGGACUCGCGCACGUUCGAGGGCUCCGGCCGCAACAAGAAGCUGGCGAAGGCGCGCGCCGCUCAAGCCGCCCUGUCGGCCCUCUUCGACGUGCAGCUGGAUCGGACGCCCUCUCGGCAGCCCAUCCCCCGCGAGGGCCUCCAGCUUCACCUGCCGCAGGUCCUCGCCGAUGCUGUGUCCCGCCUUGUAGUCGACAAGUUUAGCGAGCUGACUGACAACUUCACCUCACCUCAUGCACGCAGGAAGGUGCUGGCAGGGGUUGUCAUGACAACUGGCACCGACGGGAAGGAGGCCCAGGUGAUCUGUGUUUCCACGGGAACCAAGUGCAUCAAUGGCGAAUACAUGAGUGACCGCGGCCUCGCUCUGAAUGACUGCCACGCUGAGAUCAUUGCCCGACGCUCCCUCAUCCGCUACCUUUACGCGCAGCUCGAGCGCUUCCUCGGCAACAACAAGGAGGAGCACCAGAGGUCCAUCUUCUGCAGCUGCGAGCGGCACGGAUACAGGCUGAAGGAGAACGUGCAGUUCCACCUGUACAUCAGCACCUCACCCUGUGGCGAUGCCCGCAUCUUCUCGCCCCAUGAGGCUGGUGUGGAGGACCAGGGAGACCGACACCCCAACAGAAAGGCUCGAGGGCAGCUGCGGACCAAAAUUGAAUCUGGCGAGGGUACCAUACCCGUGAGGUCCAGCAACACCAUCCAGACCUGGGAUGGGGUCCUCCAGGGGGAGAGGCUGCUCACCAUGUCCUGUAGUGACAAGAUCGCCAGGUGGAACGUGGUCGGCGUCCAGGGCUCCCUCAUGUGUUACUUCAUGGAGCCGAUCUACUUCUCCAGCAUCAUCCUGGGCAGCCUGUACCACGCAGACCACCUGUCCCGCGCCAUGUACCAGCGCAUCGCCGACAUUGAGGCACUGCCCCCGACCUUCGUCCUCAACCGGCCCCUGCUCAGCGGGAUCAGCAAUGCGGAAGCCCGUCAGCCCGGGAAGGCGCCCAACUUCAGCGUCAACUGGACGGUGGGAGACCAGGUGCUGGAAGUCAUCAACGCCACGACGGGGAAGGAUGACAUGGGGCGGCCGUCGCGCCUCUGCAAGCAUGCACUCUACAGCCGCUGGGUGCGCCUUCACGCCAAGCUCUCGUCAACGCUGCGGAUCCGCGUGGCCAGACCCGGCUCGUACCACGAGGCCAAGCAGGCGGCCGUGGACUACCACUGCGCCAAGCGGACGCUCACGAAGGCCUUCCACAAAGCCGGCCUGGGGGCCUGGGUGAAGAAGCCCAUCGAGCAAGACCAGUUCUCCCUGAGCUCCUGAGAUCCAGUGGGGACCGGAGGCCGCUGGAGAUCUCGGAGAGGUUCUGCGCUGUCCUGCACUCUGGUUUUCACUGUGUCCCGGACGCUGCUCCUCUCUCCUGAAUUCAGACUUUUUUCCAUGUUGUGUUUUUUUUUUUUUUUACCCAAAGUCUUGGCAAUUUAAUUGCUGAGAUUUUAUGCUUUAAUUUAGUUUUGGUUUUUGAGUUGCAAAGUACCAAAAAAAAGCGAGUUGCCCAGGUGACCAUUGCUGUGCUCUCAGAGAAAGGGCCGGUGUGUGUGAGACGUUCCUUGUCCUCAUCUCCUUUUCUCCAGCGGUGGCGCAGCACUUAGAGCCGCUGAGGGUUCCCGGUCCCAUCGAGUUACUUACACUGGACUGUAAAAACGACCGAGAUCUAUAAAUGGGUAAACAACUGUAAGAGCUCGGUGUACGAAACCGACAGCGUAAGUUGCUUUUGAGAACAGCGUCAGUUAAACAAAUGAACAAUAAUACUAAUGAGAAAAGGGCCUGGGGAGGUUUUCUGUGCUUCCGCUGUACAGAAUCGUGAAGAAACACAAACAACCGAAUGUUCUCCUCCUUGUUAUAAGUAUCGGUGCCAAUAAUAUUUACUAGAGGAAAGUCAGCUGCAACCCAACUUGUCGUGGACCUGUUUUCGGUGUGUGACAUGUCACAGCGGCGUGUUCGUCUUGUGUCUGAAGAGUAACGUGGAGUCGUGUCAUUGUCACAUAUAGCAAUAUUCAGACUGAUUGGCACAACUUGAGGGUCAGCUGGGAAAAAGAUGAACAAUUUUAUGGAUAUAUAGUCCAAAAGGUUAAAACUGAAGUGGUGUUAUUCAUUAUGUGUUCUUUGUUUACUAAAAAACAUGCAUGUCUGUUGUAGAAUGAAACCCCGGACCGGAGAGGAGCGUGAGCCGAUGGGCUGGAAGCAGGGAGGAGUCGUUCUGUGGCCAGUACGCGCGUCCAAGGUCCUUCUCCUUGUCGUGACGUAUCGCGUCGGCUGUAAAUACCACCGCGACGAGGAUCUCGGCUCGCGACGGCGAACCCCACGAGCACCACGUUGUUGCUGUGCUCUUGACUCGAACGGGCUCCUGUUUCCCCGGGUCUCGCUCCCCGUUUACGCGUUUCUCUUGUCGCCGUCCGCUCCGCGCAGGGCUGCCGACACGUGCAUGCUGUCACGAGAGCCUCGUCGCAGAUUCGUCACAUUCGGAUUUGUAGAAAGAAAGCGUUUCGUUUUCCCUAGGAAUACGCACAGCACAGGUGUGCCUGCAGGAGCUGUGUGUUAACAGACUCGUAAGGUACCACCAAAAUGAGCUUGAAUAUGUAAAUUAGCUGGAGACCCUUCGGGCGUUUUUGCCCGUUUGCAUUUCGUUGCUCUGCACUCAACGCAUCUUUUCUGGAGGCGCGCGGGAGUGUGGACGGCCGUCGUCUCGCUGACGACCAGUAGGGCUACGGUUUGGCCCCGUUGUAGUGAAAACGUGGUCCGUUAGCGCCCUCUUACCUGAGCGUCUCCUGUCUGACCCGCCGUCGUUCACCUUCCGGCACCAGGGCCCGAUCCGGCGCCUCUGCCGUAACGUCGCCGCUGGGGAUUACUUUAAAUCGCCGUCCGCAGCUUUGCCACCAAACACGUUCCUGUCACCCGCCAUCGGUCGUGAUCGGUUGCAAAGAGACGGAGCUGCUGAGCGGAGACCCGGAGUGGGAAACGUGAACGAGCUUCCUGCGGUGUCCUGAACGGUGUGUUGUGUGAACGUGGACUCCGGUGCCCGCUCCACGC